AUGGGGAAUGUGACUUCAUCUGUGGCGGCGAAGUUUGCAUUCUUCCCUCCUGACCCUCCCACGUACGAUGUGUUCCGAGAAGGGGGAGCAGAGGGGAAGCUCUACUUCUCCGGCUUGUCGGGAGAUAAGAACGUGGAUGUGCAUUUACUGGAGACCAGGGGAGGGAACAGGAUCGUCGCCACCUUCUGGCGGCACCCUCUGGCCCGCCUCACGCUUCUCUACUCCCACGGCAACGCCGCCGACCUUGGCCAGAUGAUCGACCUAUUCGUCGAGCUCCGCGCCCACCUUCGCGUCAACAUCAUGAGGUUUGUUCGUCUAUCCAUCAAUCAACCUCCUUCCCCACGCUCUUUCCCGUCAUCUUGUCCUACGGAAAUCUGGGUACGAGGGCUGGUUAUCACAGAGCAUUCGUGGCUGAAGUUUAUGCAUCUCCCCCCACCGAACCGUUCCCUGAUUAUAUCCACGCUUGGGCUUUUGAGCACAUCUGCCUCGACGAGGAUCGGGAGCGAGAAUCAUUUCGGCCCUUCCAAACAGAUCCGACAUUUCCUGCUCCUUUACUAUGUAGAUAUGAUUUGGAAGAGUUAUUAUCCCAUAAUGUGCCUAACAAUCUCCACAAGAUACGACCUUGUUCUUCUCUCGGGCUUACUCUCCUGAUGGGUCUCAGAUGAUUAUGAGUGUAGAUCUUUCUUUAACUCGUUUCUUUAUGUGGUUGCAGUUACGAUUAUUCAGGAUAUGGAGCCUCUUCUGGGAAGGUAAAUAUUUCCUUAAUUCAUCAGCCGCCUUUUUUAACUUUUUUUUUUUUCCUAUGCAUACUCCCCAUCAUCUAAUAAUGAUGAUAAAUACGCAGAAAUAUUAUGGGUAGAUUUUCUCUUGCGCUAGGUUCCCUGUUUCAUCUUUCUCAGAAGGUUAUCUGUUGCUUGCUAUUGUGGCAUCAGAGAGAAUGAGAGGAGAGCUCUACCGGUUCUGCUCCCCCUCUUGUUUUCAGCUGGCAAGCCUCUUCUCGCUCACAUCUCCAACUGGGUGUCCAUAGCUUUACUGGGAGGGAUAUGAAACAGUCUGCGUGUGAGGAAUGAGGGGAUAUCACAUCUCGUUGCCCUUGUUUCCCAUAUAAUAUCUGAAUAUCUACUGCCCAUCUUGAGGGAAGACCAAUGAAUCUGGGCUGUGCUUCCCAAAUGCUAUCAAUAUCUUAUCUAUGUUUAUGUGGCUGGUAACAGUGAUAUAUUUGGGGCAUCUAAGAAAAUCUCUGCUUGGACAGCCUUCGGAGCUCAACACGUACUAUGACAUAGAGGCCGUCUACAAUUGCCUCAGGAGGGAGCACGGGAUUGAGCAGGAAGAUCUGGUUCUCUAUGGGCAGUCUGUGGGGAGCGGCCCAACGCUGCACUUGGCUGCACGCGUGCACAACCUGCGAGCUGUCGUGCUCCACAGUGCAAUCCUGUCUGGGAUACGGGUUCUGUACCCCGUUAAGAUGACUUUCUGGUUUGACAUUUUCAAGGUCAACUGCUUGCCCCAGUCCCUGUGCUCGAUCUUUCCCUCUCAUAUCGGUGCAGUGUGUGGAUGCUGAGAUUGUCCUUCGAUUUCUUUGCAGAACAUUGACAAGAUACGGCAGGUCAGCUGCCCAGUUCUUGUUAUCCAUGUAAGCUCCCCGUACUGUAACAUCGUUCUAUAGGAUAUGUACUGAUCCAGCUCCCUGAGAGUUGAGAGGAUCGUGGUUUAUCUACAUCUGGGUCGACCCAAAGCUCGAUUAUUAAUGCUCUGAUCUUUCUAUUUCUGUGCUGAGCGAAUGGCUGAUCCUCCUCAGGGCACAGCUGAUGACAUCGUCGACUGGUCCCAUGGGAAACGGCUGUGGGAGCUCUCCAAGGAAAAAUACGACCCGUUGUGGGUGAAGGGCGGCGGGCACUGCAAUUUGGAGGCGUUUCCCGAGUACAUCAAGCACCUGCGCCGAUUCGUGCACGCCAUGGAGAAGCAGUCCAACACCAAGCAGGCCAAGCCGAGUCAACAGCAGCCCGAGUCAAUCCCUGACUCCAAACACAACAAAUGCCUCAGAUUUGGAAAGAGAUAG